ACUGAGGAUAUGCAGGAUAAUGCACUCACAUCACCCAGCUCUGUGUUUUUACCAGACCUCCCUGUCCUGCAAGCAUCUCGCUCAUUUAGAACAAGAAUUUCUAAUUUACUGCAAACCUUUUUCUUAUUUCUGAAGGUUUUCUGCAAAAAACUUCUUUAAAGUUUUAUUGAUUCUUGUCUUUUAUUUUAUUUUUUGUGUUUUUUGCUCAAAUGAGAGGCAGGAAAGGACCUACCAUUUUUAUCCUAACAUAAAUCAAACGUGUUUUUCAUUUUUUUUUUCUAAGUGCAUUCAGGCUUCUUACCUAAAACGGGGGAUGGGAGGACCUUAUUUGGUCUUUUUGGGACUGUAGCUGUAUUUUGUGCAAGCGGAUAUGGACCAGUUUUCUGCUCCACAGAUGCGUCUUUCAGAGGUGAGAGCGCCGGAGCCGUGCUGCCUCGGAUAAAGUGCGGCCGCUGCAGGUUUUUCUGUUUGGAGGGUUUGCGACAUGGGCUGAGCUCCUGAAACAACUCUGCGUUGGUCUCCUGAAAGCUGCUCUAAUAUGCGAGGAUGGACGGCGGGAAGCGGAGAGUGAUGAAGCUUUAAUUUCUCCGUCACAGAAAGUCACGCACUGGUACCGGGACAAGUGAGCUAAUUACGCUGUAGACAUUUAAUUAUAUAGAGGAAUCAACCAGUAAAUUACUUUAUUUAACAGUGUAUAUUCUACGGAAAAUAAUGACAAUGGGUCUUUUAUUUCUAAUAUAUGAUGGACGCUUGUAUAAAAGUUAAUGAGACCAGAAAAAAAAAAGUUGGUUAUCUGUCUCUAUUGAAUAUAUAUAUAUAUAUUUUAAUUAAUCAAAAGUGGAAAAAGUUGGACUGUUUACACAUCUUGGAUCACAUUACGCGCACUUCCCAGCGCGCUUGAUUCCGAGACGCAGCUUCACUGCCGUUCAGGGAGUAGAUCCUUUCUUCCUUCAUCUGCUCCCCGGGCAACCAUGCGGCUCCCCUUCCUGCUCCUGCUGCUGCUCCGGCUCUCCGAGGGGUUCAACACGUGUCAGUCCAUCGACCUGGACGCGCGGAAGUCGCGGCGCAUCGAGGCGGUGCGCGGCCAGAUCCUCAGCAAGCUGCGCAUCCGCAGCCCACCGGAGGACGACGACGACGACGACCCGCCGCCGGGCUCCGUGCCGCCGGAGGUCUUGCUGCUCUACAACAGCACGCGGGAGCUGAUGAAGGAGCGCGCGCGGCUGGCGGAGUCCGCGUGCGAGCGCGAGAGCAGCGAGGAGGAUUAUUACGCCAAAGAGGUGCAGAGGAUCGACAUGCAGCCCCCCCGCACCGACUCCAAUGCCGUGCAGCCAGCGGCACCAAACCUCUACUAUCGAGUGGUCUACUUUGACGUCAGGGAAGUGGACCUGAUCAACAGUACCCUGGUCAAGGCUGAGUUCAGGAUCUUCAGAGCUCCUAACCCACAGGCUCGGGCCUCGGAGCAAAGAGUGGAGCUCUACCAGAUACUGAAGCCAGAGGAAGACAGCACCUCCACUCAGCGCUACAUCGACUCUCGGACCGUCCAGCUGAGAGCAAAGGGAGCCUGGCUCUCCGUGGACGUCACAGAAACAAUCAAAGACUGGGUGUCAGAUCCAGAAAACAAUCUUGGCUUGAAGCUGGGCAUCCACUGUCCCUGCUGCACCUUCGUCCCAUCCACCAACAACAUUGUCCUCAACAAGAGCGAGGAGCUGGAGACCCUGUUUGCUGGUGUUGAUGACGAGCGGCUUCGUCAGAUGAGGAAGCCUGGUCAGGUUAAAGGUCAGGCAGAUUUCAGCACCAAGACACCACACCUCAUCCUCACCCUGCUGCCCAGCGACAGAGUGGACAACCCCGCCAAGAAGAACCGUAAGAGGAGGGCGGCAGCCACAGAAACCACAACCUGCUCCCGAGGGUCGGAUCAGGGCUGCUGCCUGCGCUCGCUCUACAUCGACUUCAGACGAGACCUCAACUGGAAGUGGAUUCACGAGCCAAAAGGUUACAAAGCCAACUUCUGCGCCGGAAACUGUCCGUACCUCUGGAGCGCCAACAACCACUACAACAUGAUCCUGCCCCUGUACAACAAGCUAAACCCCGAGGCCUCCGCCUCCCCAUGCUGCGUCCCUCAGGACCUGGAGCCCCUCACCAUCAUGUACUUCAUCGGGCGCACGCCUCGAGUCGAGCAACUUUCCAACAUGGUGGUCAAAUCCUGCAAGUGUCGCUGAUAGAAAUAGACAGGAGAACUCUGGAAACUGCUCGUCUGAGAUGGAUCCCUCUGUUUGAUCCUUUCCUGGCAGACUGAACCAUACGUCAGGAGUUUUGUUCCUUAGUCAUUCUUCAUUCCCUGGAACUUUCCGUUUGAUGUUGGACCUUGUAAAUAUAACUACACAGGUUUAUUAAAAGUGUGCCUGAAUGCUAAAAUUCAGAAAAAGCUUUUUUUUUCCAUCAGAAUCCUGUCUCGGUAGUGUUCCCUGUGGAGCCACACCCAGACGUGUUUGUUUUAUGCUUAAAGGUGUUAAUUUGAAGGUGAGGUGAGGCCUCGAAGACUCUGCAGAGAUGAAAAAGCGAAGGAGGGCAGGCAGCAGAUAGGAGAGAGAAGCAGGAGCUGCGUCCAGGCGGAGGCCAUGCCAGCUCUCUGUGGUCCCAAGACUGAAAUCUGCCCGCCGUAAACAGGAUAUGAAAGGUUUCCAGACACCGACCCGACCACUCACGGAACGCCAGAUUUAAACGCUCCCCUCAUCUCAUCUCCUCUCCCUCUCUUUCUCUGCGUGUUGCUCGAGGUUCUGGGAUUUGUGGUGGGUGGAGAGAGGGAGAAAAGAGAGGCUUUGGAAAUGAGAUGUGGGACGAUAGGGCCACAUUUGGAGCGGCUACGCGUUUGGAAGGUGGCAUUUUGCAGCAAAUUUGUAACUAUUCAGGCCUGGCCCAUGCGUCCCAUAAUCACACUCCCUUUUUUCCUCAUCAUGCAUUCAUUAUCAUAUUGUAAAAGGAUACUCCUGUUCUCUUGAUCAUAUUAUGUGACACCUUUUGUUUACCAGCAACCUCACUGAUCCACAGAGUCUCUUUACACCCAACCAUCCACACUGACCACUUCUGAUAAAAUGUCUAAAUGCUAGAAAUAAAAAAAAAACAUCUCUGGGUCUCAUUUUAAAUAUAGGCUCUCUGGUAUGCCAGCGGUUUGUGUGUGAGAACGAGGCAGGGUGUGUGUGUGUGUGGGUGGGUGUGUGUGUAGGUGAAAUCAUGUGUGAAAGCGAUUCCUUCAGUUUUGUUGUGAUGGUGUGUGGAACAUAUCAGCAGAUCUGCAUCAGAUUCUUCUACAGCAAGAUUUGUUUCUGCCCUGGUUGUCAAUAAAAGGACAGGAAGCGGUCCAGUCAUGACAAACGGGGGGCUACCACAACAACAGCCAGUUAUAGAUGGAUUAAGCAAUCUGGCGGUUUUGGUCAAGUCUUACCACAGCCACAGGAAAUAAGUAAAUAUCUCCAACAUUAUUCUGGUCAACACUUUGUGCAACAGCUUUCCUAAAUGUGAGUCCAGAGAAGAUUAAAGGACUGGUCCACACAAAUAGGAAUCCAACCAAGAUACCAUAGGCCUUGUUUGUAACCAUAAACAAGGUCCCUGGUUGAAUAUUUAUUUUUGUUUUCUCUGGCUGAAUAUUUGACCAAUCUUCUUAUCAGACAGGGGUAAGUUGGUGUGAACUGGUUGCUUUACUGGAGCAGACCCAGAAGGUGUUGUCCCACAUUUAUUUCACCACAAAUUCAGUUCAAUUCCAUUAAGUUUGGUUUAGUUCACUUCAGUGCAAUUCAAUUUAGAUAAGUUCAGUUCAAUUCAGUUUUAUUCACUUCAGUUUAGUUAAAUUCAACUCCAGUGACUUUAUAAGUGAGUUUGUGUAAGCUGGUCUCUUUCCUGGAGCAAACCCAGCUUUUAAAGGUGUCGUUUUUCUCCACAAAUUUGAAUUAAUUAGAUUUUAUUCAAUUCAUUUCAUUUAGCUCAGAUCAGUUGGGGUUGAUUUCAUUUAAUGCAAGUCAGUUCAGUUUAAUACAAUACAUGUACAAUUAUGACUUUUAAAUUGUCCCUGAGGGACAAUUUAAAAGGGCAUGGAAGUAGCCUCAACACAAAUAUUGGGCUAUUUUUGAACAUCUUAACCAAUUUGCCUUUUAUUUGAAGAUGACAGACUGAACCACAUUUUUAAACUUCAUCACCAUGGUGUGCGCCUUGGGACACUCAUAAAACCACAUCAAAACUAACUUUAGAGUGAAUAAAACAGGUCAAUAUUAAGCUUCUUGGAGCCCUUCCCUGAAGCCACAAGCUUCCAGUCUUGCUGAAAAUGUAUGAACUAUGCCUUGAAGCUGGGUCUGUGCCAGGAAAUUAACCAACUUAAAUUAACUCAACCAAUUCUCCCCAGAAGACUAGUCAAACAUCCAGCCCGAUUUAUGCCAGAAGAUUGCUGAUGGCUACAGAAAGCAUUUGGUCAAUGUGCAACUUACUAAGAGACAUUUAACUAGGUACUAGUGGGGAUAUAUGAUUGUUUUUAGGCCUGUUUAUAAAAUCUGAGCCUGUUUAUAAAAUAUUGGCUCAGUAUUGAUAAGAUAAAAUCCAAAUUAAACAUAUUGCACCAAAUUCUUGUUUUUGCAAAUCAUUGAAACUGUAUAAACCACUAGCGGAGUGAUUCUUGUAACACCUUAAAAGUCCUAAAUUAACAUGACAUCCAUGAUCAAUUUAUGUAAACAUCCAACUAAAAGCUUAUGGUUACAUUAAUUCUGGUAACAAUGUAAAUGAUGCAUUUUGUCUAAUUAAAAAUAGAUCUUUUGGCA